GGGUAAUAGUUUAUAGUGUCAGUUCGGAAUAAAUCGUUGAACGAACUAGGCGCGUUUCAUUGCUGUUCCCUGUCUGCCCCCAAAGGACUAGCUGGCGUUACCCAGGACAUUACAUUUGGCGACGAGUGUGUUUACCUACGUGUGUUGUGCGGUUACGGUAUAUCUGUGCGGAUAAAAUGUCGAUCGGUAAAUUGAGCGAGUACAAUGUCAAGGUCGGCUCAUGGUCGUCGUACGUUGAGCGGUUAAAAAUGUACUACAAAGUGAACACAGUGAAGGACGAUAUGAAGCUGCCGAUAUUAAUUGCUUCCAUGGGUGACGAAGCAUACGAAUUGUUGGAAAACUUGUCAAGCCCGACGAAACCAGCCGAUUUAACAUUUGAGAAGGUAGAUGAAUUAAUGAGACAACAUCUGCAACCUACCCCCUCGGCACUAGCGGAACGGUAUCGGUACAGACAAAGGAGACAGAAUGCCGGAGAAAACAUAGCUGUUUAUGUGGCGGAGUUAAAAAGAUUGUCUAAACACUGUAAGUUCGAGGCAAAUCUAUGUGAAAAUCUGAGGGACCAGUUCGUGUGCGGCUUACGAAGUGACGUCAUACGUCAACGGCUUUUUGCUGAGGACGACACGGUGACUUUUAACCAAGCGGUCAAACUAGCGACGUCAUUGGAAGCAGCAGAAAGGGAUUCAGCGGUAGUGGAGGAGAAUCGAGCGACAGGUAGCGAAGCGGGCGCAGUGCAUGCGAUUGCGUCAUCGCCAGCACGCGGUACGGCGCCGGCGGCUCGGCGUGCGGGCGGGCUCGCUGCGGGCGCAGCAUGCCCGGUGGCGGUUGGCGGUGGAACAAAAACGCCAGAGCGACGCUUUUAUGGCGGAGACAGGCGACAUGGCAACGGUUGCGGUGCUUGUGGGGCUCAAAACCACAACUUUCCGACUUGUCGCUUUAGAGAUUAUGUGUGUAGCAAGUGCCAACGCACAGGACAUUUGCGGCGGGUAUGCCCGGAGUGGGGCGCACCGACUUCGCCGCGGGGACCGCCUCGUCGCGGAGCUGCGCGAGGCGGACUGCAUUUUGGAGAAGCCGAUCGCGAAACAAGCGAGGAGGUCGGCGGGGACAUUGAGGAGGAAUUGCAUCACUUGAGUCUGAAUGAUUAUAAAUCUGUUUAAGGAGUUAUUCGAGGGAGGUCUGGGGCGAUACAGGGGCGGUAAGGCGAGCUUGCGUGUGCGGGAGGGGGCGACGCCGGUGUUCCACCGCGCGCGGCCGCUGCCGUAUGCGCUGCACGAGAGAGUGGACGCCGAGCUGGACGCCAUGCUGCGCGCCGGCGUCAUCGAGCCCGUUGACUGCUCCGACUGGGCCUCGCCUCUGGUACCUAUUAAUAAGCCUGAUGGAUCCCUUAGGAUUUGCGCGGAUUAUAAAGCUACAUUAAACCCGUCUUUGCUGGUCGACCGUUAUCCAUUGCCAAAAAUUGAAGAUGUAUUGGUAAAUUUAAACGGAAAUAUGUUUUUCAGCAAGAUUGACCUCUCACAAGCGUACAAUCAGAUAGAAUUGGAUGAAUCUAAAAAGUACACGGUGAUAAACACGCAUAAAGGUUUAUUCCAAUAUAAUAGAUUAGUGUAUGGAUUAGCUUCAAGUGUAGGCAUAUUCCAACGUAUCAUGACUAAUGUACUGAGCGGUAUACCUAAUGUGCAAGUAUUUUUAGAUGACGUAAUAAUUGGCGGUAAAUCCCGAAUGGAACAUUUACAGGCCU